CUCUUCCAUAUAAAACCAUGUACCCAUGUCAAACCUUUCCAAACCAUCCAAUAUUAAGAGAAAAGAACUAGUCUGAAACCAUCUUAUCUUCAACCUCAAAAAUGGUGCAGCUGUUACCAAUUUUGCAUCUUACCAUUUUGUCAUUGAUCAUCUACCAACCUUCCCUGGCCUCAGGUGCUGACAAUCCCACAAAAGGGUUCGCCCGGGUUCACUUAGACAGCUCAAAUUUUAUAGUCGAAAAGCCUUACGAUGUUGCAGUGGACGAACGUUACAGCUUCAUAAAUGGGGUGCACAGGUUUUGGGUAUACUCCACGGACAAGCCUCACAUGCCUAGCAGCAAUACAAAGCCACGAACUGAGAUUCGUAUCACUGGACACAAUUAUACAUCUGGUGUGUGGCAAUUUGAAGGGUAUGGUUAUGUGCCUAGUGGCACAACCGGGGUGUGCAUUAUGCAAAUGUUCGGUGGAACCUCCUCUGCGACAACCUUGCAACUUAGGGUCUACAAUGGUUCUCUCACUUAUUAUAGGUCCCCUGUUAUGGCUGAGAACAUCUACGAUAGGUGGUUCAAGGUGAAUGCGAUUCAUGAUGUGGGUGCCUCUAGUGUUAAGGUUUACAUUAAUGGGGUGCUUAAGUACGAAGGUGCUGAUCGUGGAGCCGGAACGCACUACUUCAAGUUUGGGGUUUACGAACAAAAUGAUCCUUCCGACUACAUGGAAUCUCAGUGGAAAAAUAUCAAAGUUUUUAAAAAGGAAAAACAUGACAUUUCACCCACACCCCAACCCCAACCCCAACUAGAGAGAUAAAAAAUAGAAGAGAAGAAACUAGAGAUAUGAUGAACGAAAAUGUUCUUUAUUAGGAAAGAGCAUCCAUCAAAAGACAAGAAUACCUCACCUUUCUGUAUUCUGUCACGUAAUUUCAAAUACAAUUUUAUUAAUACAUUUAUUUUUUAAA